AUGCAUGUUGCCCAUCGCGUGUCAAGCGAUCAUAUCUCCUCGGUCGCCGUCGCCGUCACCAUCGCCAUCGCUGGGGAUUUGGAGAGCUCCGUCGCCGUCACCACUCACCAUCGCCGUCGAGUUCUGGUGGCGGAGUGGCGAUGGUCCGCGACGAAAUGGAGGCUGGUCAGAUUUUCUUCUUCUCCUACUCUUGUGUGGUGGGUCGGCGAUUGGAAAAGAGAGAAGCUCGAGGGUCAGAGGGAGAGAGAAGUGAGAACAGAGGAGGCGGCGGCGAUUCGGGUUGAGAACAGAGGAGGCGGCGGCAAUUAG